CAAUAAUUCUCUGAUUAAUCCCUCUAUUGUUGAUUUUUUUUUUAUGUUUACUUAGAUGUUAAUGGUUUAACAAAGUAAGCAGCGACAGCUUGCUAAAGUUUGAGGGUUUAAGCAGUGUUCUUGAUUGAUAUGUUUUAAUCUUGAAUUCAAUCAUCUGUUAAACCGUAAUAACAAAAGAGAUUAGGGAAAGAGGCGGCUGAAUCAUGUGCUCGUCUCAUUGUUCUCGUUUCAUGGUUUCAGAGUGGGUAUUCGAGAGGGGGGCUUGAGGAUGAUGAGUGGAUCGUCUUAUAUAGCCAAAGAUAGUGAUUUGGGGUCUCAGGGAGAGGACAGCCACUUUAUCUGUGAAGAGAUGCAUACGAUCGGAGUGGCGGAUGGCGUUGGCGGUUGGCAAAUGCGAGGCAUCGACGCCGGAAUAUACGCGAGGCAACUCAUGAACAAUUCUCUUCUCGCUACCCUCACUCAGGCUCAUCCACACAAUCAGAUCGACCCCAUGAAGGUCUUGGAUGAGGCCUUUGCGAAGACGCAAGCCGCAGGGUCUUCCACGGCUUGCAUCAUAACUCUCCACGAGGACAACAUGUUGCAUGCUGUGAACAUGGGAGAUAGCGGGUUCAUGGUGAUCAGACAAGGUGCAGCCAUAUACAGAUCUCCAAUUCAACUACACUCUUUCAAUUUCCCAUAUCAGUUGGGAAACGGUGCGAAUUAUGGUAAACCCCUUCAGGCACAGGUGAUGAAGGUUGCAGUAGAAGCAGGGGAUGUUAUCGUAGCCGGAACAGAUGGACUGUUUGACAACUUAACCGAAAAUCAAAUAUCGGAGACUGCGGUAACAGGGAUCGAACGAGGCUUACAUCCAGAGGACGUUGCUUGGCAAGUGGCUCAACGAGCUUACGACGUUUCCAUGGAUAAAAAGGCCAUGACUCCGUUUACGCAGGAUUCUAAGAUGGCUGGAAAAUGGUAUAUUGGUGGGAAAAGAGAUGAUAUUACAGUCAUUGUUUCAUGCCUUCUGCAUGCAUAAUCAACUGUGAAGAUGUGAGAUAUUUGACAUUUGAAACUCCUAGGAAUUAAGCAUUUAGUGUAGAAUUUUAGAGGCUCCAUUUAACAUUGGAUUCAUUUCUUAGUAUAUUCUUUCAUGGGAUGGAUAGAUUAACAUGUUUAUAGAGAGAAUUUUCAAUCUUUAAAUGUUAAAGCCAACA